AUGCAGGAAUCUCCUGGCUCUAUUGGUGUGGAUGGAGGUUAUGCCAGUAAUGUGCCUGCCUUCCUCACCAAACUGUGGACCCUGGUAGAGGACCCGGACACCAACCACCUCAUCUGCUGGAGUUCUGUGAGUACCGGAAGCACUGACUCUUCUGAUUGGUAAAGUUGGUUAAAGAGAGUCAGAGGUCUUUAGGUCUUUCCUACAGUUGAAUAUAUUUCAUGUGUUUGAAAGAAAUUACAAGAAUGAGAAGAUAAGUAAUGGUUAGGUGCAGUGGCAAGAUACUACUUGUCUAUUACUCAUAGUUCUAUGUUUGACUAUCAAAUUAAUUGGUUAUCGUGACUGUUUAUACCCGGGUUGACUGAAAAGUGGAUGUGUUUAAACCUUUGGUUAACCCAAAACAUGUGCCUUGCAUUCAUCGGCAGCAUUAGAUAGAUCUGGAGGGGAAACGAGGAAAUGUCUUCCAGUGUUGUUCCCUUUAUAAACUAAGGGGUAUCAUCAAAAAGUAUGAUUAGUACUGAUCAUAUCAGUAUUGUCUUACACAUCUUCACAGUGUAAGGACUGGUGAAUGAGACCACAUACUAAGCAACCCUUGACAUCUUUAUCUUUGUACCUGUUUGUGUUACUGUUAUGCCCAAGACUCCACAAUCUGGCUUACAGAAUCCUCAAAAUGUAAGUGAGUAACCAUCUUUGAGAAUAUCAUGACUUCAUCAUGUUCAUGAACUGUUUUUGCUUACUCAACUCAUAUGGGGAUAGAAAUAUUGACUUUAACAACCUUUUCAAAAUCAUGUGGCCAACCUGUUUACCACUUAAAGAAUUUGCUAUUGGAAUAUGACAAAAGUCCAUAAACUUGGCAUUGAUUUACUGUUUAAGAGGUGUGGGUACAGUUUGCUGGUAAAUAGUUUUUUUAAAUAAACUAGGAUAUGCACAUUUCUCAGAACAGAUGUUAUAUGGACUUAUUGGUAUAAAUUAAAUAAUACACUUCCUACUUGAUCAACCUUCACAGGAUUUAUAGGACUGAGCAUUUUAUGGUUUUGACAUUGGACUAGUUUCCCGGACACCCUAGACCUGGACUAAAAAGCAUGCUCAAUGAAGAAUCUCCAUUGAAAGUGCCUUUUGGUUCCUUUAACUUGUCCGGGAAACUGGCCCUGAAUGUUGAAUUUAGGUAGUCAAUGUCCAACCAGUGGUUCAUAGAACUUAAAGACAAACCCCUAUUUUGGUUAUGUCCCUCAGACUGGGACCAGCUUCCAUGUGUUCGACCAGGGCAGGUUUGCCAAAGAGGUGCUGCCAAAGUACUUCAAACAUAACAACAUGGCCAGCUUUGUCCGUCAGCUCAACAUGUGUGAGUACCUCUCCUCAGCACUAGAAAAUAGACAAAUACCCUGUCAGAUAUUUAGCAGUAUUUAGAAGUCAAUUGUGUAGGAGUGACUUUUGUAUUGUUUAUGUGUAAGUAGGCUAUGCAUUAAUUUGUGUAUUUGAGUGUUUGAGCCUCUGGGUGUGUGUGUGUGUGUGUGUGUGUGUGUGUGUGUGUGUGUGUGUGUGUGUGUGUGUGUGUGUGUGUGUGUGUGUGUGUGUGUGUGUGUGUGUGAGUUGCUGUGUGCCGCUAACCUUUGGACUGAUGUGCAGAUGGCUUCAGGAAGGUGGUGAACAUAGAGCAGAGUGGUCUGGUGAAGCCAGAGAGAGACGAUACAGAGUUUCAGCACCUCUACUUCCUGCAAGGCCACGAACACCUGCUGGAGCACAUCAAAAGGAAGGUGAGACAGAAACCUAGGAAACAAAACACACACUCACACACACACACACACACACACACACACACACACCAACAAAGUACACAUAGUAAGACCUCUGUGUGUGUUUGUCUGUGUGUUUAGGUCUCCAUCGUGAAGAGUGAAGAGACUAAAGUACGCCAGGAGGACUUGAGUAAGCUGCUGUAUGAGGUGCAGGUGCUGCGCAGCCAACAAGAGAACAUGGAGUGUCAGAUGCAAGACAUGAAACAGUAAGUAGCAAUGUGUGCUGAUACACAGCAUCAAUCAUAACUACAACGACAAUGCGCUGUAUGACUCAUGCUAAAUCAAUAAAAGUACCAUAAUCAGUGCUGUAGAUGUUUUAAUGCUAUAAAAAAUGUGGUUAGAGGCCACUGAACUGGGACAAAACUAACCAUACUAAGCCAUAUUGUAUGUAACAUAGUCCAUCCUCAAUAGCCCAUGCAUUGUCCCUGGCCUCAUUGUAUGUUCCAAUGGUUUAGUCUAUUGUCUACAUUGGUUGAAGAGAACAUUCAGCUGCUCACCUGACUGUUGCGCCCUAUAAUAGCAUCAGGUGUGCUGGUCAGGUGGUGCAUGUGUCAGGUAGCAGUACAGGUGGUCUUGUCACGUGUCUAUCUGAUCUGGAAUCUGGCUGAGCCCUCAUAUAGGACACAUCAGGGUGAACAGGCUGAAAUCAGAGCAUCGCCCAGUCACACCAUGUAAUCACACAUAUAGAUCACACACAUGGGACGUGCGGGGUGGUGAGUGAGGAGGUUGAUAGUAAAGUGGUGAAUGUCACAGUGAUCUGUCUUACUCCUCCAGGCAGAAUGAGGUGCUGUGGAGAGAGGUGGUCUCACUGAGACAGAACCACACCCAGCAGCAGAAAGUCAUGAACAAGGUGAGAACCUCUCAGUUAACAUGACUAUACAGUGUGUGUGUGUGUGUGAGUGUGUGAGAGAGAGAGAGAGCCUGUGUGUGUGUGUGUGUGUGUGUGUGUGUGUGUGUGUGUGUGUGUGUGUGUGUGUGUGUGUGUGUGUGUGUGUGUGUGAGAGAGCGAGAGAGAGCCUGUGUGUGUGUGUGUGUGUGAGAGAGAGAGAGAGAGAGAGCCUGUGUGUGUGUGUGUGUGUGUGUGUGAGAGAGAGAGCCUGUGUGUGUGUGUGUGUGUGUGUGUGUGUGUGUGUGUGUGUGUGUGUGUGUGUGUGUGAGAGAGAGAGAGAGAGAGAGCAUGUGUGUGUGUGUGUGUGUGUGUGUGUGUGUGUGUGUGUGAGAGAGAGAGCCUAUGUGUGUGUGUGUGUGUGAGAGAGAGAGAGAGAGCCUGUGUGUGUGUGUGAGAGAGAGAGAGAGCCUGUGUGUGUGUGUGUGUGUGUGCGAGAGAGAGAGAGAGAGAGAGAGAGAGAGAGAGAGAGAGAGAGAGAGAGAGAGAGAGAGAGAGAGCCUGUGUGUGUGUGAGAGAGAGAGAGAGCCUGUGUGUGUUUGAAUUAGAGAGAGAGGAAAAGAGAGAGAGAACAGGAAGUCAGUGUAUUACUUUGGUACUGAAUCAUUCUCUGUGUUUUGCUCCUUUAUAGCUGAUUCAGUUCCUUUUCAGCCAGAUGCAAUCAAACACACCCAGUACUGUAGGAAUUAAGAGAAAGCUGUGAGUACUCUGCCUCGCUUUGUAGUGCGUGCCCACACACACACACACACAAAGGCUAAGAUUCACAAUACAUGCACUCAAAAACACACACACACUUGUAUGUACAUACACUCAUUAACACACCAUACUAACAAUUCGACAAUAGUAACACAAACACACGAACACAUCAGUGGGAACGGCCAACUCAGCUGUAUGUGCUCAGCUGACGCGUUGCACAAUCCCAGCUAGGAUGAAUGGAGCUGAAUGCUGAAUCAGACCUACUGAGCCCUAAGCCCCUCACACACACACACACACACAAUCACUCACCCACCCCUCCCAUCCUCUCACACCCACACCACCCCACUGAACCAGGACGCAUGACCCUCUACCCUCUAUGGGAAAUGCACCAUCAGCUUGUGUGACCCGUGUGAACAAAUCGGUCAAAGUCAAAGAACAAGGCACAGUGACAUAAAACACUCAAAUUUUCUGUCACAUCCAUACCGCCUAAAGAUUUAGAACUGACAUCACUUUAACUGGACAUUUUUCAUAUCUGUUUAUACCGUUUCCAAUAACAUUCAUAACACUGUGCCAUAGCUGUGCUCUACAAUACAAUUUAUGCUGUCAUUGUGCCCCGCUGUUGGUGGUUAGUAAUGGUACACUCUUAGAAAGAAGGGCUCCAAAAGGGUUCUUUGGCUAUCCCCAUAAGAGAACCCUUUUGGGUUCCUUGUAGAACCCUCUUUGGAAAGGGUUCUACAUGGAAACCAAAAUAGUUCUACCUAGAACAAAAAGGGUUUUACCCAGAACCAAAAAGGGAUCUUCAAAGGGUUCUCCUAUGGGGACAGCCGAAGAAACCUUUUAGGUUCUAGAUAGCACCUUUUUUCUAAGGAGUGUAGAGAUAUUACUGAUAGAGAUAUUACAUUAUGUGUACACUGCUUUGGCAAAAUAGAAACAGCAGUGGUUGAUAUAAGAUGAAUGAAAGAAAAUGAUCAGAAAUGUCAAUUACAUAUUGUAAUUCCUAACUUAUUAACUUUUCUCAGUGGUCAAAAAGCAAGUGGGUGUUUUAAGGCCUACAUGUUCGAUACAAGCGUAACUUUAUUGAACAUGUAGUUUUUCAAAACUACCACUGCUUUCUCGACUCACCCUUCCAAGCCAUCAGAAAGGUUACAGUUAUUUCCCCUUAUCCUCGGCUCUCAUACAGUAAGGCUAAGCAGAUACAGCUCUCUAAGUCUCUCAGUCUAUAAAUUAUGAGUUUAGAGUUCUAAGGCAUGUCAUUGCAAAAGAGAAGAGAGUAUUUCCCAUUGAUUUCUCUAUAUUCCCCCUCAUGGUGAUCCCUGGCCCUCCCAGUCCCCUUAUGUUGGAUGAUGGCUCCACCACGCCCCCAGCCUCUAAGUUCAAUCAUAACCACCAAAUGGAGCCCCUGCAUGAGCAUUUCUAUAUCCAGUCGGUAAGAAACCCACUCUACAUUUUACAUUUUUGUCAUUUAGCAGACGCUCUUAUCCAGAGCGACAUUACAGGAGGAAUUAGGGUUAAGUGCCUUGCUCAAGGGCACAUCGACAGAUUUGUCACCUAGUCGGCUCGGGGAUUAGAACCAGCGACCUUUCGGUUACUGGCACAACGCUCUUAACCACUAAGCUACCUUCUGCCCCAUACCUUUCACCAUUACACUAUUUCUACACCGUAUGGUGCUAGUUGUACUGUGUUUACAGUUUCCAUUUAGCAUUGGGACAUCAUGACUAUCAUAGAAAAAAACGUUAUAUUUUUAACUGCAUAGUGACUGUCAGACUGUGAGCUUCACAAACCUUUAAUUAAACUCUAUUACUGUUCCUUCUCCACAGCCAUCAACAGAAACUGCCUCUUGCUCCAAUAGUGCAAUGACAGGAGGACCAAUCAUAUCAGACGUUACUGAAAUGUCACAACCCAGCAACUUGGCCAUUCAAAUGCAAACAGAGGAGACAAGGUGAGGGUCAAAGAACAAAAGCAAAGUCACAUUUUAUCCUGUAGUGGCUUCCAAAGCAACAAAAUCCAGUAUGUAGUCGAGAUUGGAUGAAAUCUUUUGUUGAGAAGCCUUAUUCAGCAGGACUGAAAUAAACAGAUAAGACUACUGUGUUUCUGUCCCCACACAGGGAUAAGUGUAUGAUGCUGAUCAAAGAGGAGCCAGUGAGCCCAGGGGUGAGGGGCCGGGGGGAGGGCGUCCCACUGGGCUCCUGUGAGGUGUGUUCUGAACCCCCCAUCCUCCCUGUUGCCAUGGUACAAUCCGUCCUGGAGGGCCGAGGGUCUGGAGCAGACAGGAGGAUCACGAGACCUGCUCUGGAGAGGUAGACAUACACACGUCCAUUCGUUUUCCAAGCUCAAUAAUAAGUUCUACAUCGUUUUUAUUAUUACAUAUGAAUGUAUUGUUUACCAGUGAAGCCCUAGUAGUGUGAUAUGUGUGUUGUAGGCCAGAGGUACCUGAUGCUGUAGAGAAUGUGGACAUGAGUCUGGAGGACCUGCAGCUUCUCCUGAGGACCCACCAGCAGAGUGUGGAGCCCACCGCUGCUGUCAUGGAUGUGAGUAAUACCCUCCAAAACUUGGCAGACACAGAGUUUGUUCAAGUACUGUGUCACAAAGGCAUGGGAUACAAAAUUACUGCAGGAAGAGAUAUAAUACCUCCCAUUUGAAGAUCUCUAGUUUCUCUUCACUAGGUAGGAAUGAGUCAGACAGUGAUCCCAGCAGCUCAGAUUGAUAUGACGCUGUUCUGUCUUUACAGCCAUUCAAUUUCAACCUGCCCUUGAGUGAGUGGAACUUUACUGAUAUGGAGUCCAAUCUGAAAUCAGUGAGUAGAAUAUGUUUAUGGUGUUUGAAUUAGCUCUGCAUAUAUUGUCUUAAAGUCUAGUUAUAUUCAGUGAAAUCAACCCGCCAGUAAAGUCAGCACAAGUUGUCAGUUACUGUGUCAGCCAUACAUUUCUGUGGCUUUAGUCAGACAAGGGCAGGUAAUGGUCGAAAAAUGUGUCAACAAUAUACCUUCUUACUUCUUGGGUAGAUUAAUCAGUGUGUGCUGUGCAGGUAGCGUCUCUGCAGUUAAUUGAAAGUACUGGUCAGUGUUAUCUUCAGGAGUAUCUAAUCCCCCCACUCUGUGUUGCUGUGUUCCAGUACAUGUUUCAGAGCCAGGAGGCAGAGGCUUACCCCAACGCUGGUUGUGAGGAACAGUGA